GAGCAUGCAGUUUUGACCGACAUGACUGGUCCUUGGUUGGGGUGGGUUCGCUGUGCCCUCCAGUGUGCCCCGCCUGGGCAGAACUUUCCCGGAGUCUCAGGGGCAUUUUUUCCUUCUGCUUAGGAUUUCGGGGAUAUGCUCAACGGAUUGAUUGUGUUUGGGUUAUCACUGCAGGAGAGGGAUGAGGCGCAAGUGGGGGGGCAUUUCCCUGAUUUAACUUUUGUGCGUGGAAGGAUGUGUUGUUUAUUCUGCCUAUGGGGACGUAUAACCAAUAUUGUGGAAAUCCGCUUCUCAAGGCAAGCUAGCGGUGGGAAACGUUUUUUACUGGGGCUGGCGCAGGUUUCAGCAGAGAAGGGCUCUGUGAAAGGAGAGGGGGACUUCACCUUGAUCAGCAAUGUGCAAGGUAUCCCAAAGGUGGUUGGGUUAUCUUCCACCAAGCAUUAAUCCACACCUGACAAUGGUCUGUAACGUCACCUCCCUUUCCCCCCCCCCCCUGGAGAACCAUGGUACAUUAACUGUUUACCAGCCUAUCACUUGUUUUCAAUUACUGCAGGUUCUUCCACAGAACAAGAAACAUCAAUCGGAGAAGCCCCCCCAAUGGACAUGACCGAUCCAGAGGAUGAAAAUGCCGCAGACGAUCCAGAUUUAACUCAGAUAGAGGAGUUCCCGGAGGUGACAGGACAGGGUGCAGAGGAUCCGCAAGGAGAUCUGAACAAUCCACCAGCAGUGGAACAACCGCAGGUCCCCACGGCACAACUGUCUCCUGCUACACGCUUAGAAAAGGCGCGCACCAGAACCAGGCGCGUCUCUGUCCUCACCAACGUUGCAGAGAGAAUGCUAUCUCAGGCACAGAGGGAGGAACAAAACAACAGAAAGGAACGUGGAGAAAUUCUGGAGGCAACCAGCCAUUGGCGUGCAGCCAUGGAAUCAGAGACAAGAUGGCACGAGGACAUUAUCAGGGAGGCAAGAGAGGAUCGUAGGGCUUUUAUUGAGGCACAGUCACAAAAUAUGGAGGGGCUUAAUAGGGCUGUCGGUGCCCUCAGCUCCUUGACUGAACUCUUUGUCAGGGAGCAAAGAGCAGGCCCGGUUGCAGAAACUUCCCAAAAUGCCAACAGCAAAACACGCGAUAACGAUCAUGAGAAGGCACCACUAAGAAAAAGGGCUCGGAUCAUUAAAAAGAGAGAAAGAUAUGAUCCAUCCCUCUGAGCCCCACAUGUUUUUCCGGUGCAGCAUUUGGGUUGGAAUCUGCAUAUCACACGUAUCAUUGCUGUUGAAAUUAUGUUUGUCACAGCUGUAAUUGUGUUUUUCGAUGUUGGCGAGGGGUUGACAAUGGCCAUUGAAAAAAAUUGGUUUUUGUUUCCCACCGCAAUCCAGGUGCGGUUUGCCAGAUCUAUUUUUUGACCACGGUUGUUUGAAAUGUUGACCCAUGGGAGAAACUACACAGUUUUAAAUUUGUUUUUUAUUCUUUUCAAAACUUGAAAGAUUACAUGUGAGGCAUCAUAUGGACACUUAACUAACAUGCAUGUUAAAUAAAUCUUUUCUACAUCUCCUUAAACCUUGACAGCACAUUAUCAAUGUCGGACCUCAAUUUCUUGUUCUCCUCAUUCAAAUUCCUCACAUUGUUUUCUAGCUUCUUCACCAAGGCCUGCAGGCUGUCCAUCCUUCUGUUGGUUUUCUUUGCUGUGGAAACAAAAGGUGUAAGCGCAGAGUGGCCACUUCUGUGUUCACAAACGUUGUAAGUCAUUGAUGGUUACUUACCGCAGCUGAGGCAUGUUCCCACUGCCUUGUGAACAGUCUCCAGUAUCUCAAGGGGCUGUUCCCUUGCCAAAGAUGAAGAAGGCACAUUUACAGUGUGUAGUGGACACCGCGCUUGAAUGCAUUCCUCACAGGGGUCACCUGAAAAGGGGGUUUGGAGAACUUGAUUUAAUUUUGUUCAUUGUCAUUACAGAGCACGUGUUUAACAUGUGGCAGAAUGACGGUGUAGUUAGUUCCAUUUGUGUACCUGAAUGCUCAGUCAGCUGUUCUGGUGGAAUCACUGCUUGCUGAGGUGUGACUUCUUCAUUGAACUCGGAGCAGUUUCCCUCUUCUUGCUUCACUGCCUCAGAACUGGGUUGCAAGGCCAUUUCAUCCAUUGGCACGGUCACCUCUGAGCCUGUUUCCUCCGUGGGCUCCUCCUCCCCCUCAUGUCUGUAUGAUGUUGCUGGAGAAACACAUGAAGAGAAUUAAAACAUCAGUAAGAGCAGUAUUGAUGAAAUGUUAUGAACAAGGAAUUCUGACUAAUUCAAAAAAUGGGGCAAGGGAAUGUUGAAAUGCUGAUCACCCUAGGCAACCGAUGCUGUAUCAUGUGUAGGGAUUUAGGGAAUGCCGUUUAGAUUAGAAGGCCGGUUUGGGAUCUUGGGCAGGGAGGGGGGGGAAUACCCAUGGAGGAAUGAUAAGGGCUGAGGUGUGUGGAAUGCUGUUUUUACUUACCGCACAGUAGCCGAGUCAUCUUUAAGAGAACACAUUAAAAAUAUGUGCCGACAUAAACCAUAAACCUUUCCCAAAGAACAGAAACAAAACAACUUUUAAACAUGGUGGGAUAGUCUUCAAGGACAGGGCACAGUCCCAGUGCCGUUCAGUGCCACGUGUUCCUGUGUUCCAUGUGCUGAUCCCAACACAGCAUGCCUGUUCUGGGGUUUUUCCUUGAAAACUUCCAUCCAACAUUCCUCUCAUUCAGGAAAUUGGUGCCUUGUACCAACAUACAUUUCCAUCUUA